AUGAAACGAGACCACCAAAAUCUUUGCCAAGAAAAUUUCCCUUGUGGUGUUAGCGCCACCAGCAACUCCUCCAUAGGUGAUGGCUCUAGUUGCGGCGCUGGUAAUUUUUCGAUGACUACAACCCACGAAAAAUCAAAGAUGUGGGAUGAAACUGGGCAAGACGCUAGAGUUGAUGAACUCUUGGUGAUUUUUGGGUACAAAGUGGAGUCCUCAGACAUGGCUGAAGUUGCUCAGAAGCUUAAUUGUGAAUUUGAAACACCGGUUUUGACUCAACAGGAUAACUGGAACCCAUGGGACGUGUGGAAUUUAGAAAUUCUUCACCCAUUGAAAACUUCCUUUGAUUCCCGAGUUUUUCAACACCUAGAAAGCCAAAAUUUUUGGAGAGAGAGAGAGAUGAAACGAGACCACCAAAAUCUUUGCCAAGAAAAUUUCCCUUGUGGUGUUAGCGCCACCAGCAACUCCUCCAUAGGUGAUGGCUCUAGUUGCGGCGCUGGUAAUUUUUCGAUGACUACAACCCACGAAAAAUCAAAGAUGUGGGAUGAAACUGGGCAAGACGCUAGAGUUGAUGAACUCUUGGUGAUUUUUGGGUACAAAGUGGAGUCCUCAGACAUGGCUGAAGUUGCUCAGAAGCUUAAGUAG